GUGGGCCACAACUUCGAGAACCCGCAGAAGACCCUUUCGGUUAGCCCGAAGAAGGGCGAGGAGAGCUUUUUGACCGCCUUCCCCGACUGCUACCCGCCGGCCGGGACCUACGGUAUCGAGCCCCCGAACACUCGCGCACCGCCCGGCGGCAAUCUGUACGUCUACAACAUUCCCUUGGAUUGGAAGGACAUCAACCUUUACAGGCACUUCAUCCACUACGGCGAGCUCACCAGCGUCAAGGUCAUGAUGAAGGAGGGCAACGAG